GCUCCGGGAUUCGCGGCCAACGGUGGGAAACGGCCUCGGAAACGGGGGCCGAGGGGUGAGCUCUCCUCCUCCUUAUUCCUGCAAAAUGUAGGGGUGGCGGGUGGCGCCGAGAGAGCCGAGGCCCGGUUCCACUCCUGCUGUACCCUGAGUUUAAGGCUUAAGACCUAAUCUUCAAACCCGAGAGGAGGCCACGUUGGGCUUUACGAGCCUGCAGCGGGAGUCGGGAAUAGUCAGACAGUAUGUCCGAGGAAAGCAGCCCGAAUUAGGCAUCGCUGGGGAUUUGUCUCAAAGCCGUGUUGUACCGACAGCGGUUUCUUGGCUGGUGUGAAGAGCUGUAGGUCCCAAGAAGACAAGUUGCACUGGAACUCCAGUAACAUACUUUCAAAACCAUCUGUGUUGAUCUUUAAGCUGAGAUUUCUAAGCACCUGAUACCUACCCACUGGGGUAGAAGGCUGUUUUCUCACUUUCCUGGCUGAGCGGACCAUUAAUGACUGAAUGGGCUCUCCUGGGAAGGCUUGUCCUCACACCAUGACAGCUGAUGAGUCAGAAGCUGGAGAGCUAGCUCUGGAGCCUCUACUCACUUGCAAGCUAUGUCUCUGUGAAUAUUCCCUGGAUAAGAUGACCACUCUUCAGGAAUGCAGCUGCAUCUUUUGUACAGCGUUUUGUCACAUCACAGAUGAGGGUCUCCUUUUAUGCUCUUGCAUCCAAACUAAUGAGGCUGCAUUUUGGGAGCUGAAGAGCUGCAAGGCGAAUGGAGAAGAGCAAGGUAAUAGAACAAGACCAGUGUCUAAAACAGUACAUGCAGCUGGCAAUUCAAGAAGGCUGUGGCUCUCCUAUCACAUGUCCAGACAUGGUAUGCUUGAACCAUGGGACCCUACAAGAAGCAGAGAAGUGCACCUGGACCCCCAGAGAACAUGGUGCCCCACGGCCGACUGCCAAACGGUGUGCCACAUUGCACCAAGCGAGUCUAGAGCACCGGUGCCGGUGGAGUGCCCGGUUUGCCAUCUGACGUUCUGCUCCUCUUGCAAGGAGGCAUGGCACCUGCAGCACCUGUGCCAGGAAAACCAAACUACUGCAGUCCCAACUGAGCAGGGAUCCCUUAUUGGAACAGAGACAGAGGCACCAAUUAAGCAGUGCCCCGUUUGUCGGAUCUACAUUGAGCGAAACGAGGGCUGUGCUCAGAUGAUGUGCAAGAAUUGCAAGCAUACGUUUUGCUGGUACUGUCUACAGAACUUGGAUAAUGAUAUCUUCUUACGACAUUACGACAGAGGCCCUUGCAGAAACAAGCUUGGCCACUCACGGGCUUCAGUGAUGUGGAACAGAACGCAGGUUGUGGGGAUCCUCGUUGGACUAGGUAUCAUAGCACUGGUGACCUCUCCCUUGCUGCUCGUGGCAUCUCCAUGCAUCAUCUGCUGCAUUUGCAAAUCUUGCAGGAGCAAAAAGAAAAAACACAGCCCACCAACAACCUAAAA